AUGGGCAAAAGGACGGCUUUCGAGGCCAAUACAAAGGGCGCGCAUUUUGAUCGCGAUUCCAAGCGCCAAAGAACAGAAAAUGACCACGAGCGCAACUCGCCGCGACCAAAUGCCGGUGCUGAGGAAGUCACGACUGCGCGCGACUUGCAGAACGCUCUGUUCUUCGACCAGAGCUCCCAGGGCGACUUCCGAAGCGGGUUGAGUCUGUUCAAACGAUUCCUCGAUUCCAUCCUCUACCCGGUCGACGAGCACGACGUGCCCCGCAAACGAGCCAUCCUCCGCGAGUACCUAGACACGCAAAAAGGAAGAGAACGGGAUGAAAAGGACAAGUCAUUCCUGCAGAAUCUUACGCAAGGAUGGGACCAUGCGGUCGAGACCAACUACAGCGCCAUUGUGUCGCAGGUGACGGCUGUGCUUGCGCUCUUGUUCAAGGUCUUUGCCAGCCACCCCGACUUCCUCGACUACGGUACCCUCUUGGCAAAGACACUCCUACAGCCUCACAUCGCCCGCCGUUUUGUUCGGAGUACGUCGGCAGCUUCCAAGGAGGAGAAUGUCAUCGCGCCCGCUCUGCGACUGCUCACCGAGCUUACAAGAUUCAAUGAGGGCGCGCAUGCGAGGGCCGUCUACGCGAAGAGAGACUUUACGCUCGAGCCGAAGAUCCUCGGGAGGAACAUCAAUAUGGGAAGAGAGCAAUCAGCCGCAGAUCACAUCAAGAAACCAAGCAUUCGCACAACCGCAAUCAGGUAUCUUCUCACCCACUUGAGGUACCAGGAUGAGCGCGCCAAGAGCGAGAUCUUGUCCAACACAAAUGUCAUCCGCGCCGUUUUCGAUCACAUGCGUACCGACCCGCCCUUUCUGGUGUUCGAGAUACUUGACGUGUUCAAGAGCCAUGUAUUUCAAGACAAAGCUAUUGCGCGGCAUACCAAGAGCAGAAUCCUGAAUGGAAAGGCCUUGUCGCGGAUAGCCAGCUUGUACAGCUAUGAAGUAGAAGAAGGCUCGCUUGCCGACGGACACAAGGCGCCGGAUCAGCUUGCUCACGACUUCCUACGCCUAGUCUGCACAGAUCCCGCUUAUGGUGUCAUGUUGCCUACCCAGGGCUUUUACCCAUCUACAUUUGACGAUGAAGAGGGCGACCAGGACGACGCGGCUGACUAUGGUAACGACCUCGGUCUCGAAUCACUAGACAACUACAGCAAGACGACAAAAGUGCGAAACAUAAUCCUCUCGGAAUUCAUCCAGAACCAGAGGCCAUAUGCGAACACGCUGCAUCAGGAGCUCGUUGUCGACAUCUUCAAAGCCUGUCCCGAGUUGAUCGCAGAUUAUUUUGUCAAACGGCGCGAUUUCAGUUACGACCCCAAACUCACGUCGACAUGGAUAGGAUAUUCUGCGUUCCUGUACCAAACGAUCCAGCUUCCCGUACCCAAGUACUUUGGUGCAAAGAAGAGCUAUCGCGACCACCCGCCACCCGUCCCUAUCCUAAUGAACAGCAUCCUUCCUCAACCCCUCAACCAGCAAGCGCUUACAAAGUGUCUCAAUCACAGCUCCGACCUCAUCCAGCUAUUCGCUAUCCGUGUCCUGAUAGUCGCGCUUCAGAAACUACGGAGUGUACUGCAGGAGCUCAGCAAUGGCAGCGCCGCCAGAUCGUCUAAACAAUGGGAGCAAGCGGCUAAACGUUUGGUAUCUGAAGUCAGUCGGCGUUGCCCGCAGAUACGGACUGUGUUCCUGGCGCUGAAGAAGCCGGGUCUGAAGGACAUGAAGCGAGAGUCGAUCACAAGAUUGCUGCGACUUUACUAUGAGGUCACACCUCAGGUUGCGCUGCAAGAAAAGUUCGACGUCUCUCUACCGUUGUGCAAUGCACUGGUAGAGGCCGAAAAGCCCGCUCCGUCACCUGAGGAUAAUGUCUUCCGCAUCAUGGAGCUUGAGCACUGGAUUCAGAUGGCAAGGCUCUCGCCAGCCAUGCGCUGGUGGCAAAAGCAGAAGAGCGAGCUAUAUGCAGGCAUAAGAUCGCUCCUGAGUGAUAUAUUACAAGAUCAGGAAAUGCUGCAGACCAAGACUUCACCCGACGCUCUCGAUGCUCUCAUUGCAAGUUUAGGAUCGACAUCUGGAUCAAGAACGCCUUCCAACGACGUUCUUGACUUCUUAGACGACUGCUGCGCUCGUUUCACCAAAGUGCCCAUCAAGUACUUUGAUGACCUUGACGCCAUGCGUGCAAGCAAGCAAACAGCAGUUGAAGUCGGGCCUUUCAGCACACUUCUGAUGACAUUGGUGGAGCAAUGGCCAUUCAAGGGUGGCGAGACUGCAACAAACGUCGCUGACGCCAUCGCUCAAUGGCUCUCGAGGCUUCUCUACCUGCUCAAACUAAUCGGCGAAGAUGAGACAAUGCUCGGACAUGUCCGCGACGCUCUAGUGGAAUCAACGACCACAGCCUACAAAGAGAUGCUUAAGGAUGCAUUCCUCUGGAAGAUGGGCAAGGAGCGGGCAAAGGAAUCACUGAAGCUGGCGACCGGUGCAGACUUUAGUGGCUCGGAAAGAUCAUCUGCAUCCCCAGUACCAAGGCCAGCGGAGGAAAUUAGCCACCAAGCGAAAAUCAGGACUGCUGUCGAUCUUGAGGCACCGCCUGUCGAGGACGAAAAACACAUGGGCCUCACACGUUGGAGGAAGAAGGAUCUUGGCGAGGCGAUUGACGACGGGGAUAUAGGGGAGCUCGUAUUAUGUCUCUGCUCCGAACAUGCCGAAAUUCGCAUACAAGCCAUCAACAACAUCCGGCAGCUCACUACGAUAAUACAAUCUACUGGACGCAACGAGACCGGCAAGGCUGAUGUGACAGAAGCUCAGCCAAGCAACAACAUGGACUUUGAUCUUCAGCAGCUCUACCUCCUCCUCGGAGAGCUUUUGGAGACUGUCGAUGCUACUGGUGGGGAAGCGUUCCCAUAUGUUGGUGGCGUCCUUGCCGCCCGUUGCGCCGGGAUAGUGGCGGAUCCCACACACUCACUCUUCAGUACGGUGAACAGAUUCCUCACUGCUUCUCCAGCCUGGGAUAUCAACUCACUCCUGCGCUUCUUCUGGCAUCGCAUUGUGGCUACCCAACCAGACGAUGAUACUACAUAUCACAAGGAGGUAGAGUGGUACUUUGACUAUCUCAUGGACAGUCUGCGAACACCUGCCGAUAUGGAACUGUUCAGACGGAGCAACAUUUUCGAGCAACUGCUUAGCCACUACGGAUCGCGGUCGUGUCCUGCGUCUGCAAAGGACAAGAUGGUGAGGCUGCUGCUGCGAGCGACACACGUAGGGGGCAGCACAACACUCAUCACGAGGUGUGGGCUUAUUCCCUGGAUCCAGAUGAUGCUUGACGGUCACGAUGCGCGACACCGUGCACUGAGGACUCUGGCUGCACGUGUGUAUGAGACGUGCGAUCAGGAGAAGGUGGCUGCGUGGGGCAGCGAUAGCAUCCACAAUACGGUUGCUUCUCUUAUAAGAGCUUGA